AAGUGUCAACAUUAUAAUCAUGAAGUAAAAAUCAAACAAAAUCACUGAAAAAAUUCACUUAUCAUAGAUUUGAAAUGAAUUAUUGAUAAAUACUAGUGCCUGUGUUAGCUCACGUCGCAAUAUCAUUGUUCUCAGUGCUAACGAUAAUUUUCCGUUUCUAUUUUCUCAAUGUAACCUAUGAGAAAGUGUCGGCGUAGUAUAGAAUACCUGUUUUAAAUUUAAAAUAUUCUUAGAAUAGCUUUUUAAUAAAUUAUUACUUAACGUUAGCGUGUUAUAAAUCUUCUCUAUUUAUUGUACGAAUUUCCUAAUGUUGGUUGUUUGAGAUGUAUUUUUAUUUAUACACUUCAGUAACAUAUUGAUACAAUAAAGUAGCAAGUUCGAUAAAAUGGAAGAAUCAAGUUUCCUCCUUGAUCCAGCUAAAGCAGAUAAUUUAUAUCCGGCACUAUUCCAGUGCUUUACAAUCAUAUUAUGCGGGUAUAUAGCCGGCCGUCUAAAUGUGGUGUCACAGACGGAAUCAAAAGGGAUUGCCACAUUUGUGGGCACCUUUGCUCUUCCAUCACUCAUAUUCUUGUCCCUGGCCAAAAUGGACUUCAGUACAGUGAACUGGACAUUCCUUAUGGCUAUUCUAUUAGCCAAAGGAAUUGUGUUCUUUGCAGUCAUGAUUGUCACCAUCCUGGUGUCAAAACCAGUGAACCUUGGGAGAGCUGGUAUAUUUGCUAUCUUUUGCACACAGAGCAAUGAUUUUGCCUUGGGAUAUCCAAUAAUUAGUGCAAUCUAUGAGAACUCACAUAAAGAAUAUCCUCUCUUCCUAUACUUGAUGGCCCCAAUAUCGCUAGCAAUACUAAACCCAGUGGCUUUUGUAUUAAUGGAGAUCAAGAAACAACGAGACAAUGCUCAAAUAGUGACCACAUCACCAGAAGGAGAGAGAUCAAGUGAACUGUGCAAGUUCAAGUUGUUACGGCAAAUAGUGAAAGGCAUUGCUCUGAACCCGGUUUUGGUGAUGACAGUUCUGGGUAUUAUUGGCAAUAUUGCCUUGAAACAUCCUCUUUCACCAUACAUUGAAAUGCUACUGCAAGUGUUUGGAGAUUCUUUUUCAGCCAGUGCUCUAUUUUUAUUGGGGCUAAGAAUGGUUGGCCAAAUACACAGACUGAGAGGGCCAGCUCUGUUGCUGCCUUGUGUCCUAAUAAUGGUUAAACUGAUUGUCCUCCCAGUAGUGAUGAGAGAGAGCGUCAGCGCACUGAACGCAGGGGGUAACGAAUCAGAGACAUCCUCGUUGUCCACCUACGCAUUCUUGUACGGAACCAUACCCACUGCGCCUGCUGUAUUUGUCUUCUCUAAUCUGUAUCAACUUGAGGUUGAUCUGAUGGCCUCAUCAAUGGUGAUCUGCACUUUCCUGUCAGCGCCUAUAAUGUUCAUGUCAGCCCAAGUGAUAUCAAUCAACAAAGACUACGCGGAGCAGAUGAAGAAGUUUGGCUUCCACCUGUCUAUAGUGUCUUUAGUGGCGUGUGUAUGGUUGAUAACGGUGUUCAUUGCUACGAAAAAGUAUAAGCGUAUGCCGCACAGAUUGACGCUGUGUUUAAUGGUAUCACAGGCGCUGCUAGCUAUCAGCGUGAUCUGGGGCGGUCCCCACACGACGUACACGCCAUCUUGGUCAGUGUUGCUCCAACAGACGCUCUGCACCUUCAGCAUGUACUCCUGUCUGCUCUGGACCUCCAUGCUGUCUAUCGGCCUCCUCAUGUUGCAGAGCCGCGGGCCCUGCUUUGUGGUGACGCUGUGGCCGGUGCUGGCGUUCGUGGCGUGGGGCGCGCCCGCCGUCAUGGCGACCGUGCUCGUGGCCACGCGGCCCGCGCUGCAGCUCGACGCCAAGGCCGUGGACGCCAUCCGGCUGUGCCUGCUCGUGUUCUGUAUCACGGUUACAACGGGUUGCCUGACACUCUACAUCCGUUUCCGGCGGCGCAGCGCGCAGUUCGCAAGUCUCUCCGCCGACAUCUCACAGUCGCCUGACGAGAGCUCCGGCCUCGUCGAUAACGAGCAGCCGGUUUCCACCACGCAGUCUGUCUCUCAUAACGGAGGGGAAGACCAAGAACUACAAUUGACAGGUUGCUACGGCGCCAUCACAGCGACCCCGAGUCCCGCGAAGAGCGUCAACGGCAAUGACUGCUGUUCGGGCGAUCCUCGCUGCGAGAGCGGGCUCGUCAACUCCACCUCCCAGGACAUCGAGGACAUCGCUGACCACAGGGAUUGCGCAUGCCCUCCGUCACAAAAGCAGCGUUGCGCCGGCCCCGAGCCGUGCCAGUACCUGAACGAGCUGGACCGCGCCGCCGGCCAGCUGGGGCUGCUGCCGCCCGAGACCACUCGCGGCCGCGGCGGACAGCUGCUCAAGCACACCGUGCUCAUCAUACUCUACAGCCUCGCCAUGUUCAUCGGAAUAACAUACACGACCUGGCGCAUGAUGCAAAAAGACGAAAGCGGGGUGUUCAUCGAGAUACAGUUUCUGGACAUCGCGAUCACGUACGGACAGGCGCUGAUAAUGUGCGUGCUGUUCGGGUUGGACCCCGAGGAGAUGAUCAUACCGGCCGUCAGAUACUUUAAGAAGAAGUGGCACGGCGCUGAUACGGUUGUGCUGCCUUCAGUGGAGGAUCUCAGCUUCGAAACCAAACACGUCUGCGACCAGUUCAUAAUGCACCAUCUCGACCGCUGCAAGGAAGCCAUAGCCAAAGAUACCAGAUGGCGCAUGCGCACAUACCGCAACGUGUUCCGCGGCUCUUGCCUCGUACGCUGGCUCAUCAGCUGCGGGCUUGCCAAGGACGAGGCGGAGGCCGUCGCCUAUGGACGACACCUGCUCGACGGCCGCCUUAUCGCGCACCUCAACAACAAGCACCACUUCACCAACUCUCCGCUCCUGUACACCUUCAAGUAGACAAUAUUAUACCG